AUGCGUAAACUUGAGCAGGAUAUGAUGGAAAUGUCCUCUUCUUCUGAAUCUUCUACUAGUGCAUCGUCCGCUGAUUCAUCCGCCAGUUCUUCAUAUGGCGAUUCUGACUACAGUGUUGUCUCCAUCGAUGAAUUGAGCAGUGGGGGCUCUUCGCCGACUGAAGUCCCUGUUGCAUCGACAAGUGUCCCAUCGACAAGUGUCCCACCCAAUGCUGAGGAGCUGAGUCUGCGACAAGAACUGAAGUUGUGGGCAACAGAAUGUAAUUUACGAACAGAUCAUCUUACAAAACUCCUCAAAAUCUUGAAACGUGUUGCGCCAGAUCUACCUUCAGACGGUCGUACGAUUCGGGGAAGAUCAAGCAAGCGGACACCCGUAACAACUAUGGGCAGUGGUGAGUAUGUUCAUAUAGGACUUCAGAACAGUCUCGUGAAGCAGGUAAGUCAGCCUUCAGUGCAUAUUAGUGGAAACGAAAUUGUUACUUAUUUAGCCAUAGAUGGAUUGACUUUAUAUAAGAAGAGGAAAUGUUAUUUUUGGCCGAUACUUGGCCGAAUAAUGGAGCCUUUUGUAAGUAAGAUAUUCGCAGUAGGUAUCUAUUGUGGGAAAGGCAAACCGUCAGAUGUUCAGGCGUUUUGCAAGCCCUUGAUUAGGGAACUGUCUUUCCUCUCUAGAAGUGGGCUUUAUGUUGAAAGUCUUGACCGCACGUUUGACUUUAAAUUGGGAGUUAUCAUCCGCGAUGCUCCUGCUAGGGCCUUCAUUAAGCCAAUUAAAAAUGUUAAUGCUUACUAA